GGGACAAUCCAAUGCAUGCGACUAGACUCGGAGGCACUCGGGGAGGGUAUGCGAACGGAGCACAGUUCAGUUGUCGCCAUUACGGCCUCCUGUGUUGUCGGAUUCAUCGAUACUCGCGCGUGGAGCCAAUUUUCAGCUAGCCAAACUCCGGGCAAGGGCCCAUUGAGAGGAAUUUCCCCCAUGCAGGAAUAUUGCAACCAGCUGGCCCAAAAAUUGUUGCAAUCUAUUGACUCGGAGUAUAAUGUCGUCAACAUGGCACUUGUUGUGGAGGUCAUCACAAGUCUGGAGACAAUUUCAAUCACCAAAGAAGUGCUUGAGGCAACGAGGAUUGGACUUUUCAUCAAUAAACUUCGACGGAAAACAGGAAAUGUUGAGCUGGCGAAGAGAGCGAAGAAUUUGGUUCGACGAUGGAGGUCAUUUUGUGUGACGAACGAACCCACGCCUGCAGAUCCUGCACCUCCAGCACUUAACGGAGCGAGACCUCACAGUCCGGCUUUAAGGGGCCUGCAGCCUCAAAGUCCCCUGUCGAGGACGUCUCAUUCUCUGAGGGUGCUGAGUCCGGCGUUGUCGGUAAACAGUGAGACGUCUCGUUCGCCGAAUGUGUUUCCCAACAAGCAAGCAGUGUCGGCGGCCAACAAUCACCGGCUGAACUUCUCCGGCUGCCUCUCCGAGGGUAGGGCCGUUCAGAACCAGAACCACGCCACGGAGGCAGUCCCUCGAACCCACAGUUCGAACAAGCGGCUGCGAAAAGGCGACUCGCUCGUCGCAGCGCACGGUCUUCUGCAACCUGGUCCCUCUUGCGCGGACAGUGAGCCGGACCCGAAGAGGCAGCGCCUCAACGGUGACGCCGCCUCGUGCAGCAGCGUAAAUUCGCAAGUGCCUAACCCCUCUCUCAGCGAGCAGCUCUCCCAGCACUCGGAGAACUCCCUCACCUCCGAGAGCGUCGCGCCCAUCCAGAAGAAGCGCGGCCGCAAAAAGGGCAGCAAGUCCGUCAAACCCAAGCUCAUCGAAGACGACAUCAAGGAGAAGCUCGCCAGCAUCGCGCGCAACCCGAAAGUCAAGACCACCCAGGAGCUGCUGGCCGACCUCCAGGCCCGCGGCUCCAACUCGAGCUUCAACCUCAAUCCAUUACCUAGUCACAGUAUAGAGACGUCGACGGCCGGCGCCGAGAAGCUCUCGAGGAGUGAGGACGCUCCCAAGUCAAAGUACCAAAGCUCCAAGCUCCUCAACAACCUGAGCGAAUCUUCCCUGCACGAGCGCCUGUCGCACGACGACGAGAACGACGACGACGACGAGGACGACGAGGAGGAGGACUCGAGGCCGCAGCAGGACGUCACCGUCAAAGACAUUCUCGCCAAGCUGCCGCCCCUGGACAUCAAGUCCAUAGUGUGGAGCGACGAGGAGGACGCGCCGCAGGACGAGAACGGCGCCGAGCCGCCACCGCCGCGCGAGGCGUCCGCCGAGGAGCUCGAGAGGCUGCACGCCGACUGCGUCGAGAGCCUCAACGGCAACUAUCAGCCCAAGUUCCUGUCCCUCACCGUGAGGAAUAGCGACAGCAAGGACGACGACGCUGUGAAUGUAGAGAAAUUAGGUCUGUACAGGCGCGCGAACGAAAGGAGCGACCAGGAGUUUCGGGAGUGGCACGAAAUGCUCGCGAGGCCGACCUUCGAUGGCCAAAUCCUCCACAUAUUGCCUUAUGUUAUCAUCGAUUAGUCACUAUUGUUGUCCUAUUAUUUCGAUUGACCUUUCCGAUUCUAGAUUUCGAUAGAUCGUCAAUUCCUCGAUGUUUUCUGUGACCCUCUUUCAAACAUUCACUAUAUUGCCUCGCGAGGUAUUUCUCGAUUUUUUAAGAUUUUACCUUUACUUCUUUAUUUAUAUACGCAACGAGCGAUUCUCUACAAUUAUUUAUUGCAAGUCUCUAUUGCGAGGAGGUGGAGCGCACGAACACCUCAUCAAAAUUUCCCAUUUUUACUAGACGGAAUUUUAGAGAAAAUUCUCGUACAGCGAAUUCUUCGAUAUUCAAUCAACGCGAUUUUUCACUCCACGAAAAAUAACUCGUAGAAUUAAAUUAUUAAUUAAAUUAUUAUUUAAGGAAGAAUCAGACAUACAAUCGGAAGAAAAGUUAAUGGCAUAAUUUCGUUAUUUUAAAACAAAAGGUUAAAUUAAAUUUUUAAUUCCUUUUGGUAGAAGCGUGAGGAAUUUAAUUUUCAACAUUUUCAACAAUUAAGUUUCGUUUGAAUAAAAAUUACAAUUUUCUGUCAAUAA